AUGACUAAAGCGACGAAAUCACAUCUCGCAUUGAUGCUUUUACCCCUUGCAGUCACAGCACUAAGGCUCAACGUCACCGCCAUUGGUGCCCGGGAUGGCCGCUCGACACUAGAAUGUUGGCAACUCGAGACACCAUUCUCACAGUCGACCCAACCUGGUACAGCCGGGACAGCCGCGUUGCUCCUGAGCGAAGCCACCAACAUAACGUACACGGCGAUCCCCUCCAACUUUGAUGGAGGGUUUCACAACGCUCCAUUUUAUCAAUGGGUGGUGUUCAUCGCGGGGCUUGCGCACAUUACGCUCUCCGAAGACAACUCGACAGCCGUCGAUAUCGCAGGCGGCGAAUUCGGUCUGAUAUUCGCAGCGGACAUCGCGGCUGUCAGUGAACAUGGUCACAGGACACAGUAUCCUGGUAUCACAGAAACAAUUGCGUUGCAAAUCCCAACGAAAGAUGGGAAGAUUCCGAACCGGGAUGUCAUCCACGCCGGUCCUUGCAGGGUUGGUGAGGUUGCUGGACUACGAGAGAUAGCAGGCCAGGGGGGUUGA